GGAGAGUUUAAAAGCUCGCGUUGUAUUGUUAUGGCCGACUACAUAUGGCACUAUGAAAAUAAUCCUCGUUUCCCGUAAUUCGUCGCAACGAUUAAUUAAUAAUCGCUUGAAAGAGUACUUCGAUCAUGGAUCCAGAACGGAACGAUGUUAGUAGCGGUAUUUACGGCCUCGUGACCGAGUUGGUCGAACAUACCUUGCGAAGGAAUCGCACGGAAAAUGGGAACUCCUAUACACCACCGAGGAACGACGUCAAAACAGUAAAGGAUUUUCGCUCCAGAGCUUAUGAAAUAUUGUUGAACAAGAGUGAGAAAGUGUACAGUCAAGAGAAUGUAGUGAAUUCUGAAAUUGAUCCCUUAGUGGAGAUAUUGAAGUACGCCUUCGUGCUCAGAUUGUCCCUCAGACGUGUAUUGGAAGCAGAAGAGCUGGAAAGCUUAAUAAACGAAUUGUAUAGUAACACAGUUAAUGUAGAGACUGUGAUUCAACCAGUUCUUCGAUUGUUGAUAGAGCUUAAAAGCUUUCAGACAGACACAAGCACUGUACAGGAUGUAUUUCACUAUGGUAAAGUCAAUCCUUUCUUGCCUGAGGAUGUUACGAGAUCCGUAAAUGGUGUACCAAUGUUUCAAACAUAUCCCUUGGAAUCGUUUAUCAUGCCGGAAAAGUUUGAGGGGAUACUGGGCAUUCGCAGGACUUCUGCCAGGCGAGACAGAUGUACAUUGGCUAAUUUUGUUAGUAGAGUGUCUUUCGAGGACCAGCAUAUAUCAAAAACUGUAGUAGGAAUCGAAACGAUUAGGUACAAUAAUGCUAUCCAGAUGGCCCCUUGCAUAUCCAGCUGCACCGAGAGUACAGCUAAACCACAUAACAUGUUUGCUCCCUUUUUGACAAGCAUUAUGGUUGAGCAAACAAAUAUGCUAUAUUCGUCUACUCAAAGAUUUAUAUCAAAUGUAACUUUACCCUGUGAAUGGAUCAAAUCUGUAGAUAAUCAAAAUGAAAAUCGCUUGUGUGUUACACGUGUGUCGAAUAAUUUCAAUUACAACUUUAUGGAUGAAUCGGAAUAUGUUAGAAAUAUCAAUACGCUGUGGAAAGAUGUACAAAUUUCCAACGAUUACAUCCCAAAAUUACGAACGUGGGAAUCUUUCGGAGCUUUAGAGUUUUCCAAACAAUUAUUGUUUGUCACUGAUCUUCCAGAGACGAUGCUGCAUUUAGCAAGGAUAAGAGAAACGAGUAUUUUACCGCUGCUACCAAAGAAGGCGAUGCAUUCCACAUCCCUGAUACAAGAAAUUUCUUCCCAAAAAUUCUUAUCGGAUGUUAAAUUGUUGUUAUUUGGCAUAGAUUCGGAUUGUUUCAAAUAUAAUACUAUGAUAGGAUUUCAAUUGAAGGAAAACAUCAGUGUGUACGGUAUAAAUUCGGAAAGGUUGAAGAUCACUUGCGAAGAAGCGAUUUGCUGGGGCAACAGUUUCAAAUCUCUGUCGCUUCUCGUCAUGCCUGAUCCACAAACGGGAAAAUUACAACAGGAUGGUCUUAUAUUCAAAGCAAUGUGUGCUAAUGUGAAGGAGCUGCUCCUGUAUUAUCGUUCGGCGUUGCAACGAAUUCUCAACCGAGACGAAUUUGACGGAUUGUUGAGUCUGUUGAAAAGGGUUCGUCCUCUGGCUCAUUUAAUCGUCGAAGUCGCAAGACUGUGCGAUCGCUGCUGCAACCACAGUCAGUGUACCUUAGGCAGCGGAAUUCUAACGCACAUUUACAAAGAGGUGACCAAGGUCACCAAUCCCAAGGUCGCUUUGGUGUUUUAUUCCACAUUGAAGUCCUGCUGCGAGGUCUAUUUUCGGUUGCUGCAAAAUUGGCUGUUCGAAGGGACGUGCGACGACGUUUACGGGGAAUUUAUGAUCCAAGCUCGGUCUCACAAUCUGCGAAAGAGAGGACGUAAAUUCUGGACCGAUAGCUUCGCGAUCGACCCGGAAUCGGUGCCCGGGUUCUUAUCCGAAUUAUCGGAGUCGAUAUUGCAAUGCGGGAAGACGCUGCGACUUUUGAAAAUUUGCAACCCGAAGAAUCCUGUAUGCAGUGUGUCCUUCAACGCUCCACCGGAAGUGAAGGUCUGCCUGAGCGUGUCCAUGUUGCGAGAGCAGCUGCUAAGGUGUCAGGAGUAUCAGCGCGAGGGUGAAGCGGCCUUAGGACCGAUCGUCUCCCUUUUAUCCGCGAUUCGGGAUGAGAAGAGGGCCGAGAGGGAGACGGCUGAGCUGGUGAUACGCGCGCAGCAGGCAACGUUGUCGAGACUGAACGCGGAACGCAAAGAACUUAUCGCAAAGGCGGCGCAAAGUAAACGAGAAUUGUUGCUAGAAUUGAAACACCAGGCGGAAGAAAGUGCUUUGUUUAAGGAGAAGAAAAAGGAGAUCGAGAUGCUAGCUGAUAAAUUGUUACUCGAGAAAUUUGAGCGAGAGCAGGAAGAGAUAGGAGAACAACAAAAGGCCGAGCGAGAACAUCUUCUAAAUUACUACGACAAAUUAACCACCGAUUUAGAGAGCGAUCGCGUGCGAUCAAACUGGCGUAAGACGAGAAUGAGUCACUUCGAAAGACGCGUGGAACACUUGAAAUCUAUAAAGAAACUCGACGGAGAAGUGCCACCAAGUGAAAAUGCAACCAACACCGACGAACAAAAUGAAGACAUCCCCAUCUCACCCAGCACACAGGACACAAUUUCCACAUCCGAAGCGGAGGUAGUCGCGUCCAGUCGAGAUGAGAACAGUAACUUCCCCGAGAACGAGGUAGUGAAUCAGUUAGCGACGACAGACGACACUUCUAAUAAUGCUGAAGAGAGUCUAUCAGUCGCCAAAGGUGUAAACUCCGAAGUUGCUGCCUCGGACGAGAAAAUUACGACAAGUAAGGAUUCUUUACCGAUGAAUUACAUCUACAAGAGGAAUAACGAGAGGAGCAACCUGCAAGAUUUCCUGCGCGACGAAGCGAUGAAGAACAUCCGCACGAUUAUGAACGACAACGAACAGACGGCGGCUGCGGUUGAGACUCGAAUAGACAACAUCCUGGAGAACGAGGAGAUCACCGAGAAACUGGUCGGUACUAUUAACAGGCCUAGAUCCCUGGCCAUCGAAAAGAUAGACAAGAUGACCGUGGCUCAAACCAACAAGCUGAAGGUCCUGCUGCAGGAAUACGGCAUGACUCCUAACAACAACGAGCUCAGCGAGAUCCUCUCGAAUAAACGAGGAAACGUAAUUAAUUGCGCGAAUGUAGAUGAAGAACGGAGCGAUACGCAGGAAACCACGGCGCAGACCAACAAGCUGAAGGUACUGUUGCUGGAAUACGGGAUGAAUACUUCUAACAACAACGAGCUCAGUAGGAUUAAUCGCGCGAACACGAACGGCAAUAAUGAACAAGGUGCGAACAACAACGUUUCUUUCACUCCGGAUGUCAAAUUGCCCGAGAAAGAGGUGACGAACGCAUUAAUUAGGCCUACGGAUGACGAAGAGUGUUCAAAUAGGCUCGACGACGCUUCGAUAUUGAACAGUGUGCAAAAUAAUAAUAAUAAUAUGGAUACCCCGAUGUCCUGCACGACUGACAACUUCACCACGUUGUCGACCCACACCCCGUUGUCGCAGAUACCGAACAGCGACGACAUAUUCGUUCUGAACGGCGGUCAGGAGUCGUCUCCGUCCGACAUGACGAAGUCCAUCAUGACGGAGGUGACCUGCUUCGAGUCCCCGAUGAACGGCCACUUCAAGCUGCCGAAUCUCUUCGGGGUCGUCGACCUCGGGUCCGAGAACCCGAACCUGGGGAAAUCGUCGUCGCCGUCGUUCCUGACUAUAGCUGACGUCGAGAUGAUCGAUCACACCUCGCUCCAGGUAUACCUGGAGAAGUCCGUCAUCAUCCCCCUGCAGAUACAGACCCGGCUGGUGAACGAUGCGAUCAUCAAGCACCUGGUGAACGAGUGCAACAUGCUCUCGCACCUGCGCAGCCUACGCAGUUACUUCUUCCUGCUGAACGGCGAAUUCGCUAAGAGUCUGACCAACUCGCUUUAUUCUCGCCUUUACGCGAUAUCCGCUCCGAUCGAACUCUUCAAUUCCGCGACCCUGGCGAAUCUCUUGAAGAAGGCGCUGAUGAACUCGUUCAAUAAUAAUUACGCCAAUUCCGAACUCUUGAGUCUCUCCGCCAUCGAUCAGCCCUGCCAGUUGUAUAUUUCUGAUCCAAAUGUUUUGGAAUGUCUUUGCCUAAACUAUAAAAUAGCAUGGCCGUUAAAUAUUAUCUUGGAUGAUACGAUGAUGCUGCAAUAUAGCAAGGUGUUCAAAUUCCUAAUAAUGACCGGCAGAAUGUCGUGGGUGCUGCAAGAGGACUUUAACAUAAUGAAGGUAGAGCAUAACGCGAUUAAUUCGGAGCAAUAUCACAAGCUACAGUUAUACAGACACUCCAUGACCCAAUUCACGAAUGCUCUUCACAAUUAUUUAACGUGCAGCGUGUUGCACGCAAGCUGGAGCGAGUUCGAAAAGGAUUUGCAGAAUUCCCGGACGAUAGAUCAGAUUCAUCUCUCGCACAUGAGCUAUAUUAAGAGGAUCCUUUCGAGAUGUAUGCUCAACACGCGCGGUGAAAAGAUGCGCGUGUGCUUGAUCAACAUCUUCAAGAUUAUCCUGAAGUUUCAUAAUCGCUUGAGGUCGCAGGCCUGGACGGUCGACGGUGACAAUCCUGGUCGAUACAGCCAUCCGAAUUUCAAAAGUCUGGAGCAGAUGUACCGGUCCUUCUGCGAAUGGCGGACAUACAUGGCUCAUGUCGCGCACAAAUUGGCCACCAGCGGAUAUCAGCCGCACCUGACGCAUUUCCUCAACGCUUUGAAUAUAAAUCAUCUGUACUACCUGACGACGAAGCAACAAUAGUGCAGUAAAAAAAAAGUUCCGUUCUAAUUCGUGUCUUCUUCCACAGUUUCGACAAGUGUAAAAAGAUAUAGGUAAUCAUAUGUAUGUAAAUCAUUUCGAUCUAUUAAAAAUAAUUUAAUUUUCAAAA